AUGGUCUCCACUGUGUCUCCCAAUGCCUUUCACCAGGAUCUCAUGACCAAGUUGAAUGCCGCUGUGGACCAGCUGCUUCAGGGCGCUCCCUGGAGCGCCGGCCGGACUUCGGACCCCACGGUCAUCGAGCUGGGCCCGGCCAAUCCACCGAAGAUGGAGCAGGCGGCCUCGUUCGCACGCCUAGCGCCUCGUUUGCCCCAGCAGCUGGCGGAACUCCGGCGCCAGCUCCGCGCCCUCUCCGCCGACUGCGAUCGCCUCACGGGCGCGCUAACGGAGGGCGAGUCCAGCGUGGUGUCGGCACGAGUGGAGGAUGAGGCCAUUGAACAAGUGGAGGCGAUCCACGCCAGCGCCAUGAGCCGUGCGCGGGUGCUCCUCGAAGAGCUCUCCGAGCGCACGGAGCUGGAACGCGCGGGCGUCGAUUGA